GCAGAGAAGAGAGAUCAGCAUAGGUGCAGGCCGGCCUCUGCCCUUGCAGACACCCUGUGGUCUGCUCCAGUCGCUGGGUUUGCGUCGCUUCGCCCUGGGUGCGGCGGGGGCUUCCCCCACCCCAGCGCCCAACAAGUCUUCUCUCUCCAGCCUGCGCGCCCAGGCGCCGGAGGCCCAGUGGAGCGCAGCGCGGCGCGGGGAGCCAAGGGCCCGCGCCCGGGCUCUGUCUGGGAGUGCGCGCUGCCCAGCCUCGUUCCCCUCUCUGUGGGUAGGGAUGGUUGAGUCCAGCCACCGCGGCAGCGGCUCCUGGUACCGCUAGCAGCCUGUCUUCUGCGCUCUCCGCCUUUUCCUCUCUAGACCGAAUCUCUCCUCCCCCCGCGCCCCCUCCCGCAUCUCCCACUCGCUGGCUCUCUCCAGCUUUCUCCUCUCCAGGUCUCUCCUGGCUGCGCGCGCUCCUCGCCUCGCCUCGCCCCCUCCCGCAGUCUCGCCGCCUUGGUGCCUUCCUGCCCGGCUCGGUCGGCGCUUGUCCCCGGCCCGGCCCCGCCAGCCCCGGUCUCCGCGCUCUGAGCAGCUCAGCCCCGCAGUGGCUCGGGACCCGAUGCUAUGAGAGGGAAGCGAACCCGGCGCCCAGACCUGCAGGAGGCGUCAGAUGCGCGGCGCGGCGGGGCUCGGGACCCGGCUCCCUCUCCGGCUCGCCUCGCCCUCUGGUGAUUAUUUGGCUCUGUUCAUAGCCCCGCGGUUCCUCGGAGGAGAAGGGCACGUCAGAGAAGAGCCAUCGGUGUCGUGUGCGUGUGGAGUAUCAGACAUGACUGCGUGGAGGAAAUUCGAGUCGCUGUUCCUGCUCCUGUGCUCCGGGCUCCUCACUGCAGCUAAGGGUCAAAACUGUGGAGGCUUAGUCCAAGGUCCCAACGGCACCAUUGAGAGCCCGGGGUUCCCUCAUGGUUACCCCAACUAUGCGAACUGCACCUGGAUCAUCCUCACAGGAGAACGCAAUCGGAUACAGCUGUCAUUUCACACCUUUGCUCUGGAAGAGGAUUUUGAUAUUUUAUCAGUGUACGAUGGACAGCCCCAACAAGGGAAUCUAAAAGUGAGAUUAUCGGGAUUUCAGCUGCCCUCCUCUAUAGUGAGCACAGGAUCUAUCCUUACUCUGUGGUUCACAACAGACUUUGCUGUGAGUGCCCAAGGUUUUAAAGCACUCUAUGAAGUUUUACCUAGCCACACAUGUGGAAAUCCUGGAGAAAUAUUAAAAGGAGUGCUCCAUGGAACAAGAUUCAACAUAGGAGACAAAAUCCGAUACACCUGCCUCUCUGGCUACGUCUUGGAAGGUCACGCCACCCUGACCUGCAUUGUCAGCCCUGGGAAUGGUGCAUCAUGGGACUUCCCAGCUCCUUUUUGCAGAGCUGAAGGGGCCUGUGGAGGAACCUUGCGAGGAACCAGCAGCUCCAUCUCCAGCCCCCACUUCCCCUCCGAGUAUGAAAACAAUGCUGACUGUACCUGGACCAUCCUCGCAGAGCCAGGGGACACCAUCGCCUUGGUCUUCACUGACUUUCAGCUGGAAGAAGGGUACGACUUCUUAGAGAUCAGCGGAACAGAAGCCCCAUCCAUAUGGCUGACUGGUAUGAACCUUCCCUCUCCUGUUAUCAGCAGCAAGAAUUGGCUAAGACUCCAUUUCACCUCAGAUAGCAACCACCGGCGCAAAGGCUUCAACGCUCAGUUUCAAGUGAAAAAGGCAAUCGAAUUGAAGUCGAGAGGUGUCAAGAUGUUACCCAGCAAGGACGGCAGCCACAAGAACUCUGUCUUGAGCCAAGGAGGUGUUGCUUUGGUCUCUGACAUGUGUCCAGAUCCUGGGAUUCCAGAAAAUGGCAGAAGAGCAGGUUCUGACUUCAGGGUUGGUGCAAAUGUACAAUUCUCCUGUGAGGACAAUUAUGUGCUCCAGGGAGCCAAGAGCAUCACCUGUCAGAGAGUAACAGAGACGCUCGCUGCUUGGAGUGAUCACCGGCCAAUCUGCCGAGCUAGAACGUGUGGAUCGAAUCUGCGUGGACCCAGUGGCGUCAUCACCUCCCCUAAUUACCCAGUUCAGUAUGAAGACAAUGCCCACUGUGUGUGGGUCAUCACUACAACCGACCCAGACAAGGUCAUCAAGCUGGCCUUUGAAGAGUUUGAGCUGGAAAGAGGAUAUGACACCCUGACGGUUGGUGACGCUGGAAAAGUAGGGGACACCAGAUCCGUCUUGUACGUACUCACAGGAUCCAGUGUUCCCGACCUCAUUGUCAGCAUGAGCAACCAGAUGUGGUUACACCUACAGUCGGAUGACAGCAUCGGCUCACCCGGAUUUAAAGCGGUUUACCAAGAAAUUGAAAAGGGUGGAUGUGGGGAUCCAGGGGUCCCCGCCUACGGGAAGCGGACAGGUAGCAGUUUUCUCCACGGGGACACGCUCACCUUUGAGUGCCAGGCAGCCUUUGAGCUGGUGGGGGAGAGAGUCAUCACCUGUCAGCAGAACAAUCAGUGGUCUGGCAACAAGCCCAGCUGUGUUUUUUCAUGUUUCUUCAACUUCACGGCUGCGUCUGGCAUUAUCCUGUCACCCAAUUACCCAGAGGAAUAUGGUAACAACAUGAACUGUGUGUGGCUGAUUAUAUCUGAGCCGGGGAGCAGAAUUCACCUCAUCUUUAACGAUUUUGACGUGGAGCCUCAAUUUGACUUUCUGGCGGUCAAAGAUGAUGGGAUUUCCGACAUAACAGUCCUGGGUACCUUUUCCGGCAACGAAGUGCCUUCCCAGCUGGCGAGCAGCGGGCAUGUGGUUCGCCUGGAGUUUCAGUCUGAUCAUUCCACCACCGGCAGGGGGUUCAACAUCACCUACACCACAUUUGGCCAAAAUGAAUGCCAUGAUCCUGGCAUCCCUGUCAAUGGACGGCGCUUUGGUGAUCGGUUUCUACUGGGGAGCUCUGUGUCCUUCCACUGUGACGAUGGCUUUGUCAAGACCCAGGGAUCGGAGUCAAUCACCUGCAUUUUGCAGGAUGGGAAUGUGGUUUGGAGCUCCACUGUCCCCCGCUGUGAAGCUCCCUGUGGUGGACACCUGACAGCUUCCAGUGGUGUCAUUUUGCCUCCUGGAUGGCCGGGAUAUUAUAAAGAUUCUUUAAAUUGUGAAUGGAUAAUUGAAGCAAAACCAGGCCAUUCUAUUAAAAUAACUUUUGAUAGAUUUCAGACUGAAGUCAACUAUGACACUCUGGAGGUCAGAGAUGGGCCGGCCAGCUCGUCCCCGCUGAUUGGGGAGUACCAUGGCACGCAGGCCCCCCAGUUCCUCAUCAGCACUGGGAACUUCAUGGACCUGCUGUUCACCACGGACAACAGCCGCUCCAACGUUGGUUUCCUCAUCCAUUACGAGAGUGUGACUCUGGAAUCUGACUCCUGCCUUGACCCAGGUAUCCCCGUGAACGGCCAUCGCCACGGCAGCAAUUUUGGUAUCAGGUCCACAGUGACGUUCAGCUGUGAGCCAGGGUAUACCCUGAGUGACAACGAGCCCCUGCUCUGUGAGCGAAACCAUCAGUGGAACCACGCCCUGCCCAGCUGUGACGCCCUAUGUGGAGGCUACAUUCAUGGGAAAAGUGGAACAGUCCUUUCUCCUGGGUUUCCAGAUUUUUAUCCAAAUUCUCUAAACUGUACCUGGACCAUCGAAGUGUCUCAUGGAAAAGGGGUUCAGAUGAUUUUUCACACCUUUCACCUGGAGAGCUCCCAUGACUAUUUGCUGAUCACAGAGGAUGGAAGUUUCUCCGAGCCCGUUGCCAGGCUCACGGGGUCAGUCCUGCCUCAUACUAUUAAGGCAGGUUUGUUUGGAAACUUCACUGCCCAGCUCCGAUUUAUAUCAGACUUUUCUAUUUCCUACGAGGGCUUCAAUAUCACAUUUUCAGAAUAUGACCUGGAGCCAUGUGAUGAUCCUGGAGUCCCUGCCUUCAGCCGGAGAAUCGGCUUCUACUUUGGCGUGGGAGAUGCUCUGACCUUUUCCUGCUUCCCAGGGUAUCGCCUAGAAGGAGCCACCAAGCUCACGUGCCUGGGCGGAGGCCGUCGUGUGUGGAGCGCACCUCUGCCAAGGUGUGUGGCUGAAUGUGGAGCAAGUGUCAAAGGAAAUGAAGGCACAUUACUGUCUCCAGAUUUUCCAUCCAAUUAUGAUAAUAACCAUGAGUGUAUCUAUAAAAUAGAAACAGAGGCCGGCAAGGGGAUCCAUCUCAGAGCGCGCAGCUUUCAGCUGGUGGAAGGAGAUAUUUUAAAGGUGUAUGAUGGAAAAGAUAGUUCCUCACGUUCGCUGGGAACCUUCACUAAAAACGAGCUGAUGGGGCUGACCCUGAACAGCACGUCCAACCACCUGUGGCUGGAAUUCAACACCAAUGGAUCUGACACUGACCAAGGUUUUCAACUCACCUAUACCAGUUUUGACCUAGUCAAGUGCGAGGACCCAGGCAUCCCUAACUAUGGCUACAGGAUCCGCGACGAGGGCCACUUUACUGACACCGUGGUUCUUUACAGCUGUAACCCGGGGUACGCCAUGCACGGCAGCAACACCCUGACCUGUUUGAGUGGGGAUAGGAGAGUGUGGGACAAGCCGCUGCCUUCAUGUGUAGCGGAAUGUGGUGGUCGGAUCCAUGCUGCCACAUCAGGGCGAAUAUUGUCCCCUGGCUACCCAGCUCCAUAUGACAACAACCUCCACUGCACCUGGAUUAUAGAGGCAGAUGCAGGGAAGACAAUUAGCCUUCACUUCAUUGUCUUCGACACGGAGACGGCUCACGACAUCCUCAAGGUGUGGGAUGGACCCGUGGACAGCAACAUCCUUCUGAAGGAGUGGAGCGGCUCUGCCCUGCCCGAGGACACUCACAGCACCUUCAACUCCCUCACCCUGCAGUUCGACAGCGACUUCUUCAUCAGCAAGUCCGGCUUCUCCAUCCAGUUCUCAACAUCAAUCGCAUCCACCUGCAAUGAUCCAGGAAUGCCUCCAAAUGGUACCCGCUACGGGGACAGCAGAGAGGCUGGAGACACCAUCACAUUCCAGUGUGACCCUGGGUAUCAGCUUCAAGGACAAGCCAAGGUCACCUGUGUGCAGCUCAACAGCAGGUUCUUCUGGCAGCCGGACCCCCCCACCUGCAUAGCCGCUUGUGGAGGGAAUCUGACGGGCCCGGUGGGGGUUAUUUUAUCACCCAACUACCCACAGCCAUAUCCUCCUGGGAAAGAAUGCGACUGGAAGAUAAAAGUCAACCCAGACUUUGUCAUCGCCUUGAUAUUCAAAAGUUUCAACAUGGAGCCCAGCUACGACUUCCUGCACAUCUAUGAAGGGGAGGAUUCCAACAGCCCACUCAUCGGGAGCUUCCAGGGCUCGCAAGCCCCAGAAAGAAUAGAGAGUAGCGGAAACAGCCUCUUUCUGGCGUUUCGGAGUGAUGCCUCGGUGGGCUUGUCGGGGUUCGCCAUUGAGUUCAAAGAGAAGCCCCGGGAAGCUUGUUUUGACCCUGGAAAUAUAAUGAAUGGCACAAGAAUUGGAGCAGACUUCAAACUCGGCUCGACCGUCACGUACCAGUGUGACUCUGGGUACAAGGUAGUGGACCCCUCGUCCAUCAUGUGUGUGAUUGGAGCCGACGGGAAACCCUCCUGGAACCGGGCGCUGCCUUCUUGCCAUGCACCCUGUGGAGGUCAGUACGUGGGGUCGGAAGGGGUAGUUUUAUCACCAAACUACCCUCAUAAUUACACAGCUGGUCAAGUGUGUCUCUAUUCCAUAACUGUGCCAAAGGAGUUUGUGGUGUUUGGACAGUUCGCCUAUUUCCAGACGGCUCUGAACGACCUGGCAGAGUUAUUUGAUGGAACACACGUGCAGGCCAGACUUCUCAGCUCACUCUCAGGGUCUCAUUCAGGUGAAACCUUACCUUUGGCUACGUCGAAUCAAAUUCUGCUCCGAUUCAGUGCAAAGAGCGGGGCCUCUGCCCGGGGCUUCCACUUCGUCUACCAAGCUGUUCCUCGAACAAGUGACACCCAGUGCAGCUCUGUGCCUGAGCCCAGAUACGGAAGGAGAAUCGGUUCUGAGUUUUCUGCAGGUUCCAUUGUUCGAUUUGAGUGCAACCCGGGCUACCUCCUGCAGGGUUCCACAGCGCUCCGCUGUCAGUCGGUACCUAAUGCUCUGGCACAGUGGAAUGACACGAUUCCCAGCUGUGUGGUCCCCUGCAGUGGCAAUUUCACUCAGCGAAGAGGGACAAUUUUGUCCCCUGGCUACCCUGAGCCAUAUGGUAACAACUUAAAUUGCAUAUGGAAGAUCACAGUGACGGAAGGGUCGGGAAUCCAGAUCCAAGUAAUAAGCUUUGCCACAGAGCAGAACUGGGACUCCCUGGAGAUCCAUGAUGGUGGAGACGCAGCAGCACCCAGGCUGGGAAGCUUCUCAGGUACCACGGUCCCGGCUCUGCUGAACAGCACGUCCAACCAGCUGUACCUGCGUUUCCAGUCCGACAUCAGCGUGGCAGCCGCCGGCUUCCACUUGGAGUACAAAACUGUGGGUCUUGCUGCAUGCCAAGAGCCCACGGUUCCCAGCAACGGCAUCAAGAUAGGAGAUCGGUACACGGUGAAUGAUGUGAUCUCCUUCCAGUGCGAGCCCGGGUACACCUUGCAGGGCCGUUCCCACAUUUCGUGUAUGCCAGGGACUGUUCGACGCUGGAACUACCCUUCUCCUCUCUGCAUCGCCACCUGUGGAGGGACCCUGGCCACCACGCGGGGCGUGAUCCUGAGCCCCGGGUUUCCGGGCUCCUACCCCAACAACCUCGACUGCACCUGGACCAUCUCCUUGCCCGUGGGUUACGGUGCGCAUAUUCAGUUCCUGAACUUCUCUACUGAAGCUAAUCAUGACUACCUUGAAAUCCAGAACGGCCCUUACCACACCAGCCCCACCAUCGGGCAGUUUAGUGGCGCCGACUUGCCCGCGGCUCUGCUGAGCACCACUCACGAAACACACAUCCACUUCUACAGCGACCAUUCACAGAACCGGCAGGGGUUUAAACUUGCUUACCAAGCCUAUGAAUUGCAGAACUGUCCAGAGCCACCCCCGUUUCAGAAUGGGUACAGGAUCAAUUCCGAUUACAGUGUGGGACAGUCGGUAUCCUUCGAGUGUUAUCCUGGGUAUGUCCUGAUUGGCCAGCCUGUCCUCACCUGUCAGCAUGGGACAAACAGAAACUGGAACCAUCCCUUUCCAAGAUGUGAUGCUCCGUGUGGCUAUAAUGUAACAUCUCAGAAUGGCACCAUCUAUUCUCCGGGGUUUCCAGAUGAAUAUCCAAUUUUGAAGGACUGUGUUUGGCUUAUCACGGUGCCUCCAGGGCAUGGAGUUUACAUCAACUUCACCUUGUUACAGACGGAAGCUGUUAAUGAUUAUAUUGCUGUUUGGGACGGUCCAGACCAGAAUUCACCUCAGCUGGGUGUUUUCAGUGGAAACACAGCCCUGGAAACGGCCUACAGUUCCACCAACCAGGUCCUGCUCAAGUUCCACAGUGACUUUUCAAAUGGAGGCUUUUUUGUCCUCAAUUUUCACGCAUUUCAGCUCAAGAAAUGCCCACCUCCUCCAGCUGUUCCCCAGGCAGAAAUGCUCAGUGAGGAUGAUGACUUUGAAAUAGGAGACUUUGUGCAGUACCAGUGCCAUCCGGGGUACACCUUGGUGGGGACUGACACUCUGACCUGCAAGCUCAGUGCCCAGUUGCAGUUUGAGGGUUCCCUCCCAACAUGUGAAGCACAAUGCCCAGCAAAUGAAGUCCGGACAGAGUCAUCUGGAGUAAUUCUCAGCCCAGGGUAUCCAGGCAACUAUUUUAACUCCCAGACAUGCUCUUGGAGCAUUAAAGUGGAACCAAACUAUAACAUUACCAUCUUCGUGGACACAUUUCAAAGUGAAAAGCAAUUUGAUGCCUUGGAAGUAUUUGAUGGUUCUUCUGGGCAAAGCCCUCUGCUGGUCGUAUUAAGUGGGAACCACACUGAACAAUCGAACUUUACAAGCAAGAGUAAUCAGUUAUACCUCCGCUGGUCCACUGAUCAUGCGACCAGCAAGAAAGGAUUCAAGAUUCGCUAUGCAGCGCCUUACUGCAGCUUGGCCCUCAGCCUGAAGGAUGGUGGCAUCAUAAACAGGACCGCAGGGGCGGUUGGAAGUCAAGUGCAUUAUUAUUGCAAGCCUGGGUACCGACUGAUCGGCCACAGCAAUGCCAGCUGUCAACGGAACCCGCUCGGCACAUAUCACUGGGACGCCCUCCCCCCACUCUGCCAGGCUGUGUCCUGUGGAAUCCCAGAAUCCCCAGGAAAUGGUUCAUUUACGGGUAACGAGUUCACUUUGGAUGGUAAGGUGACCUAUGAGUGUAAUGAGGGCUUUCAGCUUGAUGCCAGUCAGCCAGCGACCGCGGUGUGCCAGGAAGAUGGCCUAUGGAGCAACAAAGGGCGGCCGCCUGCUUGUAAACCGGUGACUUGCCCCAGUGUUGAAGCUCAGCUCUCAGAGCACGUCCUCUGGAGACUGGUUUCGGGCUCUCUGAAUGAGUAUGGAGCUCAAGUGCUCCUGAGCUGCAGUCCCGGUUACUACUUAGAAGGCCAAAGACUCAUUCAGUGCCAAGCUAAUGGGACGUGGAGCGUAGAGGAAGAGAGGCCAAGCUGCAAAGUUAUUUCAUGUGGGAGCCUGCCUUUUCCCCCAAAUGGUAACAAGAUUGGGACGUUGAAGGUCUAUGGAGCCACAGCAAUAUUUACAUGUAACACAGGCUACACACUUGUGGGCUCCCACGUCCGGGAAUGCUUGGCAAACGGACUCUGGAGCGGGAUGGAAACUCAGUGUCUGGCUGGCCACUGUGGCUCUCCAGACCCCAUCGUGAAUGGCCACAUCAGCGGGGAUGGCUUCAGCUACAGGGACACCGUGGUGUACCAGUGUAAUCCCGGCUUCCGGCUUGUCGGGACGUCUGUGAGGAUAUGCUUGCAAGACCACAAAUGGUCUGGGCAAACUCCUGUUUGUGUCUCCAUCACGUGUGGUCACCCUGGCAACCCUGCCCACGGAUUCACCAAUGGCAGUGAGUUCAACUUGAAUGACAUCGUGAACUUCACCUGCAGCACGGGCUAUCUGCUGCAGGGCGCGUCCCGAGCCCAGUGCCGGAGCAACGGCCAGUGGAGCAGCCCUUUGCCCACGUGUCGAGUGGUGAACUGUUCGGAUCCAGGUUUUGUGGAAAACGCCAUCCGUCCUGGGCAGCAGAAUUUCCCCGAGAGUUUUGAAUAUGGGAUGAGUGUCCUGUAUCAUUGCAAAAAGGGGUUUUACCUGUUGGGAUCUUCUGCCUUAACCUGUAUGGCUAAUGGCUUAUGGGAUCGUUCUUUGCCCAAAUGUCUGGCUCUAUCAUGUGGGCAUCCAGGGGUUCCUGCCAAUGCUGUCCUAACGGGGGAACUGUUCACCUACGGGGCCAUGGUGCACUACUCCUGCAAAGGGAGCCACAGUCUUGUAGGUAAUGACACCAGAGUUUGCCAAGAAGACAGUCACUGGAGUGGAGCUCUGCCCCACUGCACAGGAAAUAAUCCUGGAUUUUGUGGAGAUCCAGGGAUCCCAGCACACGGAUCCCGGCUGGGGGAUGAACUGAAGGUGAAGAGCCUCCUUCGCUUCUCCUGCGAAGUGGGGUACCAGCUGCGGGGCUCCCCUGAGCGGACAUGUCUGCUCAAUGGGUCGUGGUCAGGAUUGCAGCCUGAGUGUGAGGCUGUGUCCUGUGGCAAUCCCGGCACUCCCACCAAUGGCAUGAUCAUCAGCAGUGAUGGCGUCAUGUUCUCCAGCUCUGUCAUCUAUGCCUGCUGGGAGGGCUACCGCACCUCGGGGCUGAUGACCCGGCACUGCACAGCCAAUGGGACAUGGACCGGCACAGCCCCCGAUUGCACAAUUAUAAGCUGUGGGGAUCCAGGCAGCCUGGCAAAUGGCAUCCAGUUUGGAGCUGACUUCACCUUUAACAAGACCGUGAGCUAUCAGUGUGACCCUGGCUACCUCCUGGAGCCAGCCACAGCCGCCACGAUCCGUUGUACCAAAGACAGCACCUGGAAUCAGAGCAAACCUGUCUGCAAAGCUGUCCUGUGUCCUCAACCCCCUCACGUGCAGCACGGAAAGGUGGAGGGGACAGACUUCCACUGGGGCUCCAGCGUCAGUUACAGCUGUGCCGACGGCUACCAGGUCUCCCAUGCGGCCAUCCUGUCCUGCGAAGGGCCCGGAGUGUGGAAGGGCGAGGUCCCUGGGUGCCUGCCUGUGUUGUGUGGAGACCCCGGGACCCCGGCGGAGGGCCGGCUCAGUGGGAAGAGUUUCACCUACAAGUCCGAAGUCUUCUUCCAGUGCAGACCCCCAUUCAUACUUGUGGGGUCUUCCCGAAGGAUCUGCCAGGCUGACGGCACCUGGAGUGGCAUUCAACCCACCUGCAUUGAUCCUGCUCAUAACACCUGCCCUGACCCCGGCACCCCCCACUUUGGGAUACAGAACAGCUCUAGGGGAUAUGAGGUUGGAAGCACAGUUUUCUUCAGGUGCAGGAAAGGUUACCAUGUCCAAGGUUCUACGACUCGGACGUGCCUUGCAAAUUUAACGUGGAGUGGGAUUCAGACUGAAUGCAUACCUCAUGCCUGCCGACAGCCGGAAACCCCAGCACACGCGGAUGUGAGAGCCAUCGAUCUCCCCACGUUUGGCUACACCCUGGUGUACACCUGUCAUCCAGGCUUCUUCCUUGCCGGAGGAUCUGAGCACAGGACGUGUAAAGCAGAUAUGAAAUGGACAGGGAAGUCGCCUAUUUGUAAAAGUAAAGGAGUGAGAGAAGUUAAUGAAACAGUUACUAAAACUCCAGUUCCUUCAGAUGUAUUUUUCAUCAAUUCAGUGUGGAAGGGAUAUUACGAAUAUUUAGGGAAAAGACAAUCUGCAACUCUGACUGUCGACUGGUUCAACGCAACAAGCAGUAAAGUGAAUGCCACCUUCACGGGCUCCUCUCCAGCGGAGCUGAGGCUCACAGGAGUUUACAAGAAAGAGGAGGCCCACUUGCUUCUGAAAGCUUUUCAAAGUAAAGGUCCGGUAGAUAUCUUUGUAAGCAAGUUUGAAAACGACAACUGGGCACUGGAUGGUUACGUAUCAUCAGGACUUGAAAGAGGAGGGUUUACUUUUCAAGGAGACAUACAUGGGAAAGACUUUGGAAAAUUCAAGUUAGAAAGGCAAGACCCUUUAAACUCAGACCGAGAUUCUUCGAAUCAUCAUCACGGCACCAGCAGUGGCUCUGUGGCGGCCGCCAUUCUGGUUCCAUUCUUUGCUCUAAUUUUAUCAGGGUUUGCAUUUUACCUCUACAAACACAGAACAAGACCAAAAGUUCAAUACAACGGCUAUGCUGGACACGAAAACAGCAACGGACAAGCUUCCUUUGAAAACCCCAUGUAUGAUACAAACUUGAAACCCACAGAGGCCAAGGCCGUGAGGUUUGACACAACUCUGAACACAGUGUGCACGGUGGUAUAGCCCUCCGCUCCUGGCAGGACGGCUCAUAGCCAUACCUCUGACGGACAAGUAGUGAUUCCUUUGGUGCCAUAAACCACUCUCCCUUCCACUUGCUCCGCCGCAGCGACCUUUAGCACCGUCCACGGGCACACAUGAGCGGGGAUUUCUACUAGAAUGCGCCACAGUCUUCUGAGGAUCGAACCACACACAUGCAUCUUCAUCCCAAAAGUGGAUUCUAAAUGCCUGGCUGCACCUGCUUGGAAACAAGGCUCCAGGGAGACGGCGGGUCGGCCGAUGCGUCAGACAUUGUGUUUCUGUGUUGCUGGGACGCCUUUCAAUGCAAUCUUCUGGGCACGUGGAUACACCCUUCCUCUGUGGUGACAAAAUGGUAGCACCACAAUGUGUGCGUGUGUGUGUGUGUGUGUGUGUGUGUGUAUGGUUUUAUUUUUUUUUUAAUUAACCCCCAUGAACAGGAAUACUCUUGAAAAAAAAUAACAAUCAAAAGCUUUCCUAAAGGAGACACCUUUCUGAUAGAGGCACACUACAAAUACUUCACUCCAUUCCUCAAGGCCUGGUGAGCUUUGAGGACCUCACAGCUCCAUGAGUCGCCUCUAGGGACUUUGCAAAUUUCCCACUCAGCUGUUCCAUGGCAGAAUUUUUGAUGCACAAUUUUUGCACUAGCGUGUUAUGAACGACCAAGAGUCUGAUUAUGUAUACAGGGUUUAUACACACUCUCUGUAGAUAAGCCUCCUCCCCUGUUAACAAGCUAAUUUCACCAUCAGCUUAGCCCGAGUGUUUGGGGCAAAGAAAAAUGGUAUGGUACACAUUUUAGCAGGAAAUACAAUAUCGAAGAGAUUUAUUUUAUUAUUGCUUCUGUUAGCUGCAUUUAUAUGUUGAAUUCAUCAAAGAGGUCCAAUGACGAAAGAGAAAGGCCCUUUUUCAUUCUUAUGUGUUUUCUCCCUUCAGUAACUUCACCUUUCCGUUAUUGUCCAAAUUACAGUACUUACUAGCAGGGGGGUUGCAUACAUUUCUAUUUGCUGUGUAAAAAUGUGAAUAGUAAUUUAUUUUAGCUAGCUCAUGGACUCGUGGGUUUCAGCUCACGAUGCAGGCUUCCCUUUUGCACUGUUAGUUUCUUUUCCUUUGUACCAUCACUCUCUGAUAUUGCAUUGAAAGACAGCAUACCACAGUGGCAACCUUGAACUCGGUGAAAACUGUUCAGGAUCAAAAUACUAAGCGCUCCUUUGGAGGUGAGGAAAAAUUACACACACCGUCCUCUCACGAUGAUAUAUUUUAUCAAUAUCUAUCUGUUCGCCUUUUGUUUCACACUUUGUCAUCGCAGAUGGGAGGGCAACUUCAGCAAUUUUUCAAGUGUUAAGUUCAUGAUCGGUCAAUGAUGAGUUAACAAAUGUAAGUUAAAUAGGUAUGAUCCUCAACGUGGAUAAAAUCAAAACAUGAAGUAGAAUCCGUGACCAUGAGAAUGUUGAUGUAACAAAUUCAAAGUGAAGAUCAUGUUUAUUUUUAUUUAUACCUGUUCGAUAAAAAUAUUUUUGAAAAGAUAAAGCUUAUUUUAUUAUUUCAUGUUUAAGUACAUAUUCCGCAUGUGGAAAAUGCCCCCUUUCUGGCAUUCCAGAUCGGCAUUGGCAGGAAUAUUGGAAUGUUCACACUGGCCUUCACUUUGGCAUCAGGACCAUAGUCGUACCCAGCUUAAGGACAGAUGUGUUUGUUCGUCUGUGGCAUGUUUAAAUGCAAGACUCGGAAAAUGUCCAGAGUCGCAUGUUUUGAUUUGAACGUUUUAUAGAUGUCUUCCCCGGCCCCCGUGCUGCAUCUGCGUGGGGUGCCCGGCCCCUGUGGUCACGCCUUCAUCUGCGAACGCCAUAGUGUUGGAUUCCCUGUUACUAUGCCGAAUUCUCUGCGCAUUUUCCCCUGGCCAACCUGGACAGCAUCUGUGGAAAUUUGCUUUGCAAACAGGAAUCCUUAUGUAGCUGUUUCUCAGUAGAACAGAGGAGGUCGGCAGGUGUGCUUCUGGCACGCUGGUUGAAUGAGGCAGAGAAAACGUAGAAAGCUUGAGGACCGCCAUGUGCAAGGGAGAACAGGGUUACUAUACAUAUUAGGUGUAUAUAUAUACAUAUAUAUAUAUAUUGUACAUAUCUAAGUUUGAGUCAUUCAAACGAGGUGCGAGAUGCUGACUUCCGAGUCUGAAUUAAUGUCUCUCUUCCCACACCCCUGGCCUGCUUGCUGGUCAGUGACAUGAUGAAAUCCCGACAAGACAGGACCCACACACACACAAGAAGCCACAUAUCAGAUUCCAUGUUCUUUCCUUUGUGUGCAAAGUCAAACUGUCCUAUGGUUGCCGAUUUGGAGCAUGUUAUUUAAAAAAGAAAAAAAAAAAAAGUGAGUGAUGUUCUCUUGUGAGAAUCCUGCCUGGUUCCCUCUGAGGGUGUGUGCAGUAUCAGGUCAGAUCUCCCAGAAGGGCUGGGGGCUCUUGCUUGAGGCAGUCGGGAGAUGUGCUGGCCACGCUAGGUCUAGAAGACUCUUCCCGAAGGCAACUAGACUGCACGCGAGGGAAGUGACCACUUGCUAGAACAGGACGCGCUUCAGAGCUGUUCAAAGCUGCUGCUUGUCUCAACACAUCUUGCCUUUUUUCAGGCUAGCUGCAAUAAUUUUUUUCUUCUGUAAAAUAUUUUGUAAACAACAGCAACCACAAAAAAAAAAAAAGCUAUUAAAAAAGGGGGAAAAAAAGAAUGCUGACAUUAUGAUCAGGAAAACCCCAUCCUCACCGCCACCCUCCAGCCUCCCGCUGUCCUUCCACUCGCUGCUGUCACCAUGUAGGUGCAAAAGACCUUUUUGUACAGAGAUAUAUUUUUUAUGAAGAAUUUGUAAAAUUAUUAAAUAUGCUGUAAUUUUUGAUUAAUGUAGGUACAUUGUUAAAAGAAUAAAUGUUUUUACAAUACAGAACUGUAAUUUUCCCAAUGAUGUAAAAUGCACCAUCUCUAGCUGAUUUUCAGUUCCGAUCCUAUUACAUAUGUAUCCUACUCAAGUGGCCUGUUAAAAUGAACAGUAUCUUUUUUGUCAAAAAAAAAAAUUAUAAAGGGAGUGUAAUAUAGCCUGUGCAAUGCCACUGAUCAUUAAAGCAAAUCAGAGUUCUAAUUAAUUAAAUAUUUAAUUUUAGAUUUCUA